UAUCUUUUGUUGCACUUUUUAUUUAUUUAUUCAUUAUUAUGGUAAUACCGUAAUAUUAUGUCGCAAUAGAUCUAGAAUAUAAGCCGAUAAGGAGACAGUACAGGAAAUCCUCUCUGUCAGUAUGAAUAUGCGUACUCUGACUUGUUUAACCAUCUUUAUUUUGGUGAUAUCAUUGAUUGAUGCCAGAGGGGGCAGGGGUGGAGGAAGAGGGGGCCGCUUUUCUGGUCGUUCUCGGUCGUCCUCCAGAUAUCGGUCAUCCUCCAGAUAUGUAUCCAAAUUCUCUGGUAAUAGGAUAUCUUCAAAAAGCCAACUGAGAACUGCUAUAUUGCUGGGCUCAGUGUAUGGUGCUACAAGAUGGAAAAGACGGCAUGGUUACAGAUCCCAAGGGGAUUUGCCAGAGGUGUGCUACAAUGAUAAAUACGAUAAGAAUUCGAAUGGCAGUGUGUCGUACUUGGGGCGGUUUAUUUGUCCUACUGACGAUAGUAUGGGAGAUGACCACACCUACUGUUGUGGGGAUGAGGGACAACAGUACUGCUGCACUUUCUGGGAUGAUGGAGGGAGAGUAGCUGGUGUUGUCAUUGGGAUCCUGUUGGGAGUCGGAGCUAUUUUUCUAAUCUGUUACUGCUGUGUCAAAAGAAGCAAAAAGUCCAGUGGAACGGUGAUUCGCAAAGACCACAACAUGGCUGAAGAUUACCCCGGUCAGAGUGCACCACUCAGACCCACCUAUAGUGAUCCCAAACCAAUUCCUAUGUCACCUUACCUGAUGUCACAGCCUCCCUACUCUGGUCAACAGAAUGACACACCAUUAGCAGGACUACCACCACCACCAUAUGACUCCACGCUCGAAGGGGGUUUGCCUUAUCCCGUGAAUCCACCACCAUUUCAGCAUCAAGAUGGGGAGAAGUCCUACAUGCCUUCCGAUGGAUCUUUGCCAUAUCCUGUGAAUCCCACUUACCCCAGUCAACCAUCGGCUCCCACUGCUCCACCAUAUGGGGUAGCACCCUACCCCACAGGAAACCCUCCAUAUCCACCCCCUGCCAACAUGCCCUACCCAUCAGCGGGCAACACUCCUUCCUAUAAUAUUUAGCUGCUUCACUGAAGUUUACAUUGUGUAGUGUUUUAAGUUUUUUUUUCUUUUUUACGAAUUCGAAUGUGCAGAUAAUGAGCAAUUUGAACAAAUUGUGUAUACUUUUCCCCUGACCCUGUUUUAGAUAUUAAACCUAUUGAUUAUUUUCAUUCUUUUGCCUCAGUUUGGUACACUUUUCUAGUAAACUUUGGAUAUGCUUGUACAUUUGUACUUAUGGAGAUCAUUAUCAUCAAUUCAUCAGUACCAGGGACCUAUAUACUAACGUUAGUACAUGUAUAUAGGUCCCUGUCAGUACACAAUGUUCUACUAUAGACACACAGGUUUUUUAAAUGUAUAUUUUAACGUCUGCAAAUAUAAAUUCUUUUAAUCUGGCCAAGUGAAAUUGUGAACAAAAUUCGAAUGGCUGGCAUUGGUUUUUGUUCACCAUAUUUGCAUAAGAAUUUAACCAAAAAAAUUUCAAGAACUACUUGUAGUUAUAUUCAGUGAAUUAAAAGAAAACUACUGUCAUCAUCUUCUGUGAAUUAAAAGAAAACUACUGUCAUCAUCUUCUGUGAAUUAAAAGAGAACUUAGUUUAUGGAGGUAUAAAGGCAAUGAAAGCAUGGGGUAAUUUUUGUUUAUAUUCUGUAAAUAAACUUGGUUUUGUUUUUGUUCUGGGGGGGGGGAUAAGUAUCUGUUGUUAUGUCAAGUUGAGAGGUCACUUGAAUAUCAUAGUGUUUAUAUGCAGAAUUACAAACAGUGAAACAUGUGCAGUAAUUGAUUUAUUGUCAACAAAACAUUGACAGAUGUAAAUAUUACAGUGAUUAUUAGUUUAAACAAUAUUCCAUAAUAUUCAACAAUUUAGAAUGUACAUACAUGUAUGUACCUUUACGUAUUGGCGAUUAGGUUGGCAUGCUUCCAUUUAAUGCUGACUUGAAGGGUGUGGAUUUGUUUUACAUCAGUAUUUGUAUAAUUUAUGUUAUACAAUUGUUUUAUGCUUACCUGAGUCUAAAAGUAAGCGUUUGAUCAAAGGUCAUCUUUCUAGAGGAUAGACAUGUAUUCAAAAUUUUAUAUGCCCCCGCCAUGAAAUUGCAGGGACAUAUAGAAUCGGUCCUCUCCUUCUGUUCCUCAAACCUUAGUACUUACCGUUUCUAAGGGAUGUGAUAUGUCUGACAACAUUCAACUGAUACUAAUGUGUAACAGAUCAAGAGGAAGUCCAACUUUCAGCAGAGUUGCAGCCCUUGGACAUAGUAAAUUUUGUAGAAUUCACUGUUUUACGAUUUUUUUCAUCUUUGUGCUUGUAGACAUUAAUUAAUCUGAUAAGUUACAGAUCACCCUCAAUUAUUCAGAUUGACACAGUUUCAGUGGUUUUUACAGCCCUUAGACUUGAAAAAAAAAACUUGUCAAAUAAUUAUGUAGGCAGUAUUUACUCCUCUGUUGCCUAUUCAUUGGACAUAAAAAGAAAUUUAUAAAGUUUGAUAUAAUUUGUGAUAAGUUAGAUUGCAUUGACAAUGGCCUUAUGCAAUGUAAUUUUAUACAUUUGCCCUUUUGAAGAGUUUGAGUGACAGAUUUUUUCCACAAAAUUCAGACAUUAGUGGUAAAUCAUCACACUGGUCCCCACCAAUGAAAGUUCUAUUUUGCUGGAAGUUUUGGAGAGAAUUAAAUUAUCCUAUUGAAGCAUAGACAGGCAUUUAAAAGGCAAUUACUUUUACAGAUUCUGAAAUUCUGUAAAUUAUAUAGCACUAUCAGCAUAACCAGAUGGCAUGAUUUAAAGAAUGCGGAAAGGAGAAUAGCUUUGAUUAUUGUAAAAGUCAGGUUGAAAUAUGUAUUUUUAUAUCUUUUUUGAUAACUUAAUUUUUUUCCUACAUGCAUAAAUUACUCUGUGCUAAGGUUUUAUAUGAAAUUUUGAUAGUAUGUGCUUAACUUUUUAACAGCCAUGAAUUAUUUUAUAUUGUAUACAGUAAUUAUAUGUGUGUUAUGGUUUUAAUAUUUUGAAUAUUGCAUGGACAGAAGUUACUGAAUACAUGUACAUGUACUUACUAGUUAAAUUACAUCGUAUUGUUCAGUUUAGGUUAUGUUUAAAUUGUCCAUGCUAUGUGGCAUCUAUUAUGAAUAUUUAUACUUUUAUGUUCAGCCAUUUGUUGUCCUGUGAUGUUUUGGGUGUGGUCACAAUGGUGUAAUUUUAUUCCAGUUUUUUAUUCUGUAUAUUCUUGUUAUUUCUACAAUUUUUGUCAUGUGAAAAUUCAGGAAGUCCACCAUUACAGAUCUGAGUAGUACUCAGAGUCAGUUCCCUUUUUUCCUCCUUUACGAUUUACAUUUGAUAAUUCUGUAUUGGAUUGAAGAUUCUGCAUUAAUAUGUUCUUCAGCUUUUGAUAAAUGUAUUUCGAAAGCAAAUAAAUUCAGUGUUCUUGUACCAUGUAUAAGUAUACAGUUUUUAAAAUCGUAUAUUGAUAUUAUUACAAUUUUAUGGGAAGGUUUAUUAUUUUUAUGUCUGAUAUUAAUUGCUUGAUUCAUAUGUUGUUAUUGCUGGAUAUUGGGAAAUGAAAUAAAAUGUUCAACUUUUUAGAAA